CCCCCCACCCGCACUCCUACGUGAGCCUCCGCCGGCGGCUCCUGACUCAUCGGGGGCUCCGGGUCACAUGCGCCCGCCCGGCCCUAUCGGCGCCGCCCCCCGCCCGCCGCCCGGGAGCCGCAGCCACCGCCACCGCCACUCCCCGCUCUCUGCGCCGCUGCUGCCGCCGCCACUGCCACCGACACGGCCACAGGCUGUCUCCAGCCCCGAGGAGAUCCCAGCCAUGUCGAUAGAGAAGAUCUGGGCCCGGGAGAUCCUGGACUCCCGUGGGAACCCCACGGUGGAGGUGGAUCUCUACACUGCCAGAGGUGUUUUCCGGGCUGCGGUGCCCAGUGGAGCCUCCACUGGAAUCUAUGAGGCCCUGGAGCUAAGGGAUGGGGACAAACAACGUUACUUAGGCAAAGGUGUCCUGAAGGCAGUGGACCACAUCAACACCACCAUUGCACCAGCCCUCAUCAGCUCAGGUCUCUCUGUAGUGGAGCAGGAGAAGCUAGACAACCUGAUGUUGGAGUUGGAUGGGACUGAGAACAAAUCCAAGUUUGGGGCCAAUGCCAUCCUGGGUGUAUCCCUGGCCGUGUGUAAGGCAGGGGCAGCCGAGCGGGAAUUGCCCCUAUAUCGACACAUUGCUCAGCUGGCGGGGAACUCAGACCUCAUCCUGCCUGUGCCGGCCUUCAAUGUGAUCAAUGGUGGCUCUCAUGCUGGGAACAAGCUGGCCAUGCAGGAGUUUAUGAUCCUCCCAGUGGGCGCUGAGAGCUUUCGGGAUGCCAUGCGACUUGGGGCAGAGGUCUACCACACGCUCAAGGGGGUCAUCAAGGACAAAUAUGGCAAGGAUGCCACCAAUGUGGGAGAUGAAGGCGGCUUUGCCCCCAAUAUCCUGGAGAACAGUGAAGCCUUGGAGCUGGUGAAGGAAGCCAUCGACAAGGCUGGCUACACGGAAAAGAUUGUCAUUGGCAUGGAUGUCGCUGCCUCAGAGUUUUAUCGUGAUGGCAAAUAUGACUUGGAUUUCAAGUCUCCUGCUGAUCCCUCCCGAUAUAUCACUGGGGACCAGCUGGGGUCCCUCUACCAGGACUUUGUCAGGGACUAUCCUGUGGUCUCCAUUGAGGACCCCUUUGACCAGGAUGAUUGGGCUGCCUGGUCGAAGUUCACAGCCAAUGUAGGGAUCCAGAUUGUGGGUGAUGACCUGACAGUGACCAACCCAAAGCGUAUUGAGCGCGCAGUGGAGGAAAAGGCCUGCAACUGUCUGCUGCUGAAAGUCAACCAGAUCGGUUCAGUCACUGAAGCCAUCCAAGCGUGCAAGCUGGCCCAGGAGAAUGGCUGGGGGGUCAUGGUGAGUCAUCGCUCAGGAGAGACUGAGGACACGUUCAUCGCAGACCUGGUGGUGGGGCUGUGCACAGGCCAGAUCAAGACUGGUGCCCCGUGCCGUUCUGAGCGUCUGGCUAAGUACAACCAACUCAUGAGAAUUGAAGAAGAGCUAGGGGACGAAGCUCGCUUCGCUGGACACAAUUUCCGCAAUCCCAGCGUGCUGUGAUCCUUCUACUUGCCUGGAGACUUGGACCUCCUCUCCCAUCCUCCUGGAGCCCCUUCCUGUCCUGAUCUGUGCUAUUUCACCCCAGACAUCCUGGCUGACCUGCUGCACUGCUCCUGGGCUUGUCCCGCCCCUGCUCUCUCUGCUCUCCCUCUCUGGGUUCUACACUCUCCACUUCUUCCUUCCUAUUCUUUCUCCUCAAAGACUGGCCCAAUGGGACUGAGGAUUAUAAAGGGGUCCAUGGAGGAAUGAUCAGGGCCUGUGACGGGAGCAUCAGAGUUGUUUGUUUAGGUGUUUAGAGAGGGGCCAUGUGUCACUUGUGCUGGUUCCAUGUGUUUUCCGUGUUGUAUAUCAGCCAGGCACCGCAUGGUGCUGUGGUAGAGGGGCUUGCUGGCUGCGUGGUCAUGCCUGGCCUAAGGCUUUAGUGUGCCUUUUAUUUAUUUAUUUAUUUAUUUAUUUAUUUAUUUAUUUAUUUAUCAUUCAUCCUGUUAAUUAGUUAAUCAUUUCCCCAUAAUUCCAGAGCCAAAAACUGGCCUGGCUGGAGGGGACUAGAUGUCUGUAUUUCAUGUGGCUGUAGAUUCCGAGAUGGCGUGGGGUGGGAGGUUUUGCUGGAAUGCAAAGGGUAACAGAAAAAAGGGCCUUGCUGGCAGUUCCUUUGUGUGUUCCAACCCUUCACUGAGGCCUGGCUCCCCCCAGAAGCGGGGCUGUGUGCCUGGGGGCUCUUCCCUGAGAACUCUCUCCCCGGCCCUCGCUUCCCUGCUCUUCCUCCAGCUGCACCAGAGCAACGUCUCGCUCCCCCGUGCCAUGUUCCACAGUUGCCACCACCCCUGUGGAGUUGAAAUGAGCACCACCAUUAAAAUCACCGUGCAUUAUUGUG